AUGGCACCAGCCCAGGCCUCACAGUCCGUCUGCUGGACGCCUACCUGGGGGCUCCUGUUGCUGCUCUGGCCUGUGACCACAGCUACUCAGGAUUGCCCCAGACCCUGUACCUGCCAGUCCUUGGAAACCAUGGGGUUAAAGGUAAACUGUGAGGGGCGAGGCCUCACAGCCCUGCCCGUGCUGCCAGCUAACACUCGCCAGCUCCUGCUGACCAACAACAGCCUACGUUCAGUGCCACCGGGUGCCUUCGACCACAUGCCUCAGCUGUGGGAACUCAAGGUGGCACACAACCCCUGGCACUGUGACUGCAGCCUCACCUACCUACGCCUCUGGCUGGAGGACCACAUGCCCGAGGCCCUGUCACAUGUGUACUGUGCCAGCCCGGACUUGGCUACCCAGCGCCCACUGGGCCAGCUCACAGGCUAUGAGCUGGGUAACUGUGGCUGGAAGCUGCCACCAUCCUGGGCCUAUUCAGGGAUCUGGUGGGAUGUGUCACUGGUGGCUGUGGCUGUGCUAGGCCUGAUUCUGCUGGCUGGUCUACUGAACAUGUUUACAGAGUCCCGGAACUGAACCUAGCCCCAAAACCAGGG